AUGGACUUCAACGGAAGUCUGGCUCUAAACAUCAUCUUUGCUUUGACCGUAGGACUGGUUUUGAGACAACUCACGAAACAGAGGGACUCGGAAUCAACCUCGAGAACGGAUGAUGCGUCUGCAGAAGAGAAUGAGGCGUCAAGGAGGGACUCGGAGCCAACCUCGAGAACGGAUGAUGCGUCUGCAGAAGAGAAUGAGGCGUUAAGGAGGGACUCGGAGCCAACCUCGAGAACGGAUGAUGCGUCUGCAGAAGAGAAUGAGGCGUUAAGGAGGGACUCGGAGUCAACCUCAAGAACGGACCAUGAGUCUGGAGAAGAGAAUGAGGGGUUCGAUUCACUGGGAAUAGAGCACAAGGAUUCUGACACGAUUGAUCAAAUGGAGAGGAUGGGAACUGAGCCAGCAUACCAAUACGACGUGUUUUUGAGUUUCUGUGGAGGCGACACUCGCUUAACCUUUACUGAUAUUCUUUACGAGAGGUUGAAAUAUGAUAGAAUACGCGUUUUUCUUGAUAGUGAAGAACUCAAAAAGGGUAAAAAAAUCAGUGAAAUUUUGAAGGCCAUUGAUGAGUCUCAGAUCUACAUUCCCAUCUUUUCUAAAAAAUUCGCCUCCCGUUCAUGGUGCCUCCGCGAAGUUGCCCGCAUGGUAGAGUGUCAUUCAAAAUCAGAUGGGAAGAGAGAGAUAAUCCCAAUUUUCUAUGAUGUGGAGCCUAAUGAUGUAAAACUCAUAUCCGAUGUGUACAAGAACGACAUCCUCAAGCACAAGCAGAAAGAGUACCGUAAGCCCGAAGAAUUGGAGCAGUGGACAAGAGCCCUUAAAGCGGUUGGAAGUAUAAUGGGACUGGAACUUAAAGGAAAACGCCAAGGGAAAGAAAUUGAAUCGCUUGUUAAACAGGUUUUGCAUAAGCUCAAUGGCCAACAUGUGGAUUUGCCUGGAAAUUUGGUUGAAGAUCAUUGUCAGAUAAAAGCCAUAAUAGAAAAGUUGGAUCUUAAUUCUGGUGGUGUACGUUUCAUUAUAAUACGUGGACUAGGUGGUAUCGGUAAAACGACACUUGCGAAGAUUGUGUUCAAGAGACUGUCUUCUCUCUUUGAAUGUGUUAGUUUCCUCGAAGAAGUUCGAAAAAAAUCAGAAGAUGGUCUUAAGGGUCUUGUAACCUUGCAGAAACAGUUAUUGAAGGAUGCUAAUUUUUUUUCGGCUGACCAAAUUGAAGACGCUGGAGAAGGGAAGUAUCGGAUCAAGGCAGUAUGUAAAGAUAAAAAAGUCCUCCUUGUUCUUGAUGAUCUAGACAAUGAAAAGCAACUUGACAACCUAGCUGGAAAAUCUGAUUGGUUCGGUUGUGGUAGCAGGAUCAUUAUCACAACUAGGAACAAAUUUAUCCCGGAGACUCAAGAUGAAUCAUCCAGUGAAGAGGUCCUAAAUCAAACCAAAAAAAUUGUGGAUUAUGAAGUUCAAGAUAUGGAAAUCAAGCAAGCACUUCGGUUGUUUUGUAAGCAUGCAUUUAGAAAUAACUCUCCUACAAAAGAUUACGAUGCCCUUUCACAAGAUAUUGUUCGCAAAGUGGCCAAGCUUCCUUUGGCUAUCGAGGCGAUAGGUUCUGAUCUAUAUGUGCUGGGCUUAGCCAAAAAGCCCUAUGGUGUUACAAUAGAGCUAUUGCAAGAGACAUUGCAGAAGCUAGAUGAAGGUCCUCCUGAGGUUGUCCAAAAAGUAUUAAUGAUUAGUUAUAAAGGACUGGAAGAAAAGACAAAAGAAGUAUUUUUGGAUAUUGCUUGCUUUUUCAUCAAUGAGGACCAAACCUAUCCAAUUAUUAUGUGGAAUGACCUUAACUACCAACCCGACAGUGCAAUUCGUGUCCUCCUCCUACGGUCCUUGAUUAAAAUUAGAGAUAAUAAGUUUUGGAUGCAUGACCAAGUUCGAGAUUUGGGAAGGCACAUCAUCCUUAAAGAACAUACUCCCAAAUUUAGCAGGGUGUGGAAACAUGAGGAUGCUGUAGAACUAUUGAAGAGAAAAGAGGGAAAUGGAGAUGUAGUUGCACUAAGCCUGACUUCCAAUGAGUACUACCACAACUUUGUAGAUGUCAAAUUAGUUGCCCCAUCCGAACUACGGUUCCUUCGAGUGAAAGGCUCAAAUUUUUCUCGCAACUUCAUGAAUCUUCCUUCAAAGUUAAAAUGGCUUUCUUGGCAAGUAUCGAAAAUGACUUUCCAGACCAAAAACUCUCACCUUAGUAAUUUGGUUGUGCUUGACUUUUCGGAGAGCGAUAUUACAGAUGACUGGAGUGGGUGGAGCCAAAUGAAGAUGAAUAAAUUGAAAGUUCUAGAUUUGACGGGUUGCAUACACUUAAAAAGGACACCUAAUUUCUCUAACUUCACGUCUUUGGAGACAUUGAUUCUUGCUCGGUGUAUCAAGUUAACCACAAUUGACAGCUCCAUUGGUAAACUAAAAAGCCUAAGGACUUUCAAUAUCAACAAAUGCAUGGUUCUUCAAGAGUUGCCUGUAGAAUUCGGUUCUCUACAAUCUUUGACGGAGAUUAUCAUGCCCCAAAAUUAUCAACAAUUCAAGCUUCCAGACACAUUUGGAAAUUUGCAAUCUUUGUCGAGUCUUAUAUUAGAUGAGCACCCUAGAAUUAGUGAACUUCCAAACUCUAUUGGAAGGUUGGAGAAAAUUACACGUUUAUCUUUAUGCUUGUGUAUGGAGAUAAAAGAAAUUCCAUACUCUAUUGGAGGAAUGAAAGAGUUGGCUGAGUUGGAUUUAUCAAAUUCAGGGAUAGUUAAAUUACCUGAUUCCAUUAGAUGUCUAGGUAAUUUAAAAGUGAUCAAGGUAAAUUAUACACCGAUAGAAAAGUUUCCUUGUACUAUUGGAGAGGUGAAGAUGCUUGAAGAAUUACACGCCAAGAAAUGUAGGAAUUUGAUGGAUGAAAACAUUGAGGAAAUUGGGAAGCUAAGUCGGUUGAGGAAAUUGGACAUAUCAUAUACUGGUGUAUCUAGAUUUCCCACGGUGCUAGGUCGUCUCACUAAUUUACAGACUCUCGAAAUGAGUUCAAGUCACCUACAAGAAGUCCCAUAUCUUCCUUCAAGUUUGAAACGUCUUCACAUGCAAGCACCUCAUUUCCCAUCUAUUCCCGACCUCUCAAGCCUCGUCAAUUUAGAUCAUCUGGAAUUAUCUAAAAAAACUGGUUCAAUGGAGGAACCUGACAUGGCUAGGACGAAUGAUUGGCCAGAAGAGGAACUGAUCUAUUCGCUUCCGUCUAGUUUGUCAUCCUUGAUAUUUAGGGGCAUUAAUCUACUACCCCCUUUUUCCAACUUAAGUAGUUUGUCGGAAAUGUCUAUUAGUGAUUAUUCAAAGUCACGCUUCUCCGUCUCUCAAGACCUCAAACAUUUGAGGAAAUUGAAGCUAAGUACAUGCAAUUUGCUGGAGGAGAUAUGUGGUCUAUCACUCUUGACGAAUCUAAAGUGCUUGGAUCUAAACAGAUUGAAAAGUCUGGUUGAGAUUCGUGAUUUGUUGGAACUAAAAUUGCUGGAGCAUCUCCGUAUUGCCCAUUGCAAAAAGAUAGAAAGGUUACCCAACUUUUCAAAGUUAGAUAAGCUACGGCGCAUUGAGCUAGAAGCUUUUCCAAAAAUAGGAGAGAUCGAGGGAAUCAAGGGCAUAGAAAGCUUGACGUUGGAUCCUCGUGGUUGCACUAUCCUAGAAAGAUUGUCAGAUGACCCAAGAUCGACCUGGCUUUCUCGUAGAAUACCUAUGUAUGAUGUGUUCUUGAGUUUUGAGAGAUCGGAUACUCGUAAUAGCAUUAUUGACAUCCUUUACAAUAACCUCCUUCGUAACAAAAUUCUGGUUUUUAAGGAACCUGAGGAAUUGAUCGUCAGUGCAGAAUCUAGCAUUUGCGCAGAGUUUCUAUCAGCAGUCAACGACUCCCAUAUCUACAUACCCUUCUUAUCUAAGCGCUAUAUUUAUAGUACGUGGUGCCUCCAUGAACUAGCUUGCAUUUUAGAACACGCGAAGUCAGAUGGGAAAAGAAUCCUACCCAUUUUCUAUGAUGUGGAGGUUAAAGAUGUUAAGCUUAAAACAAAAUUGUGCAGAACAGUCCUAGACAAGCACAGGAAGAAGAUGGGUUUAAGCAACAUGGUGAAGGCAUGGGAAGAGGCUCUCAGAUAUGUGGGGGAUAUGGACGGGUACAACCUGCAAACUAGAAGCCUCGGAGAAGUAAUUGAAUUGGUUACUGAAGAGGUUUCGAGAGAGCUGUUGUUGUUAUAUGCCGAUGCAAGGAGGCCUCAAGAAGCUGAAGAUUAG